AUAUGUAUGAAAAUACAACAAUAAAAGACGAUAUUGAGAAUGUGACCAUCACUGGGUUUAGGAAUGGUAGUGUUAUUACGGAUUACAUAAUAGAAUUGAAACCAGGGACAACAGAAUCUGAAACAUCUAUAACAAAUAUUACAAAAGAAGCAGUUGAAAAUAUCAAGUCAAAUCCUUCACCAGAUUUUGACCUUAUCAAGUUGAUUAACACAGACAAAAUUAUUGUCGAAGAAGUUAUUGCAAAAACAACGUCGCAACCAGAUGAAACUACUCAAAGUACAACGCAGUCCGUUGAGACAACGGAUAAUCUAGAGCCUCUUUUAAUUGGUAUCGGUGCUGUUGGCGGAGUUGCCAUAUUAGGCAUCGGAAUUUGCAUUAUUAUUUGUUGUAUGCGUUCGAAAAACUCAUCUCACAAUGCAGACAAAAAGCAUGAGUUAAAUCGUAGCCGAUAUGAUGGACAUACAAAUCAUGGAAUGAUAACAGACAAUGGUCGUGAAUAUCAUUCCUUCAAAGGAUCUCAAGGAACAUCAUCAUAUAGACAGCCUGUAGAUCCAUGGAGAAUAUCGUAUGGUAAAUCAACCAACACACACCCGGCUUGGUAUCCUGGUUAUAAUGCACGAGAUACGAUGUUUAGCUCAGGCGGACAUACAAAUGAAGGAUAUUAUUCAUAAUACCUCAUCUAAAGCAUACGACAAAAACUCAUAGCAAACGUACGCAUUAUAAAGGAAAUAAUUUCCUAACUGGUAUGGGUAACAUACGAUCCACAGUUAAGUACCAGUCAACAAGUUCGUGAAAAAGGAAUGUGUUAUAUUAAAGAUAUAUGAAUACCACGAUUUAUUGAUUAUUUGAAACGAGAUCAUCUGAAUAAAAAAAAAUCUCCAAGGUAGUUGGUAAGAUCUUGAAAGUUUGCUGUAUUCAUUACAAAAACGAGCUAUACAUGCAGAAAACAAUUAUCGAAGUAAGACAUGGAUAACUAAGUUUGACUAAGCUGUUUUAAAACCUAGUAUUUCGUACAAAAAUGUAGACACUCUUUGUCAAAUUGUAUGUCUUAUAAUGGCAUGUUAACAUGUUGUACAUCAAUAAAAUCAUAUGGAUA